UGCGCGUGGAGGAGGCAGCGCGAGGCGUAUUUGAAGUGCCUGGGAAAAGUGAGCGCAAUGUGGCGAGUCUGGGGCCUUGCCAUUCAGGGCCUGCAUAAUCGGAUAAAGCCCAAAAGCGCCCAAGAAACGAGGGGAGCUGACAACCGGGCUAUCUCCAUCGUCGCCUGCCCGCCAUCAGGUCAACCUUCCAAUUAGCAAAUGUCAGAAGGACCCGGCAGCCCAGGCUCUGGAGCACAGUCGAACCGGGCCGGGCUUUUUCGCAAGAUUUGGCCCGUCGCAACCAACGACAGCAACCUAACGCUGCACGGCUUCCGGCGGUUCAAGACCUCUCACCUUUUGAACCUGCGCUUCCUAGAGGAGGAAAUUGCCGAGCUAGAUCAUCGCCUCUACCAGGCAGGCCUUUCCCUGCAGAUCGAGCCUUCAGUCACGGAUAGGCUGGGACUCAAGCACUGCAAGCGAGACGCCCAAGUGCCAGAUCCCGCCGAGGUGAUCAGCCAAGAGACGGUGGAGGCUCUGCGGAAUCUUUUGAAGCAAUAUGACGAUGCGCUCAUUGCGUUCAACCAGAUCAUGUCCAUGGAAACCUUUUCGCUCAUCGACGACGAAAAGCAGGCCAGCCUCAGGACGGAUCUGACGCUGAAGGAGGUCUACAAAACCAGGCUUCUCAGGGCAGAUCUCCCGCCACGGUCCCGUACGGACCCGUUCCAGAGGCAGUUCCACAAGAUCCUUCGGGCGUUCCGCUACCGACAGAUAUCCGGGCGCGCUGAGCGAAACCCGGAGGGUCGAGAGCCGCUCGGCCACCCAGGCGGCACCUGGGGCCAGCAGAACACGGCUCUCAUCGCUGGUGUUCUGGGACGCGUGGCAACGACCGUGGUCGUGGCCGUCUUUCUCGUGGCUCCAAUGGUCGCGUUGGUGUUGGUGGAGGAUCGGGUGAGGCAACUGGUCAUAAGCUGCGUCUUUAUCCUGGCCUUUUCCUUUUUGGUGGCCCUGACGCUGCAGAUCUCCAACUUUGAGAUGAUGGCGAUAUCUGCGGCCUACGCGGCCGUGCUCUCCACAUUCAUGUCUUGAACCUGUUGUAUUCAGCCAGCAGCAGCGCUCUCACAUGGAGUGGCCUCGCUGGCGCUUGGGCAUGAACCCUGAGUGGCAGGGCGGCACAGCGGCCAGGCUUGACCUGCGCUGUGGGCGGGGGAUAUGUGGCUGCAUGCGAUGGGACACUCGUGCAGCACACUGUAGCCGGGCAAAUGUGGCGACGGCCAAUGUUUGAUGUCACGCAGUCGAACCAAUCCAGUGCGCUGCCAAAAGUAAAUCCACUGUGCUUUACUCUGUACCAACACUGUUCUUUAUGCUGUGUAACAUCUGAUUGGGCACAGCUCGAGGUUGCCUUGUGUCGGGCGCGGAACGGAAGAAGAAAAAGGAAGAAAAAGAAGGAGUAGUAGAAAAUGGAGCCAUACCCCGGCCAAUGCUUUUACACAAACGGGCAAGGGCUUGGGGGGUUAAGCCGGGCGUAUCUCUCGCAUCUGUCCAAAUAUAACAUCAAAACGGCGGGUUGCCUUUGCUCAAGCAGUCGAAAUGAAUCAUUGUAG